AUGUCCGGCCCAGUCGACCACCACCGAGAGCCUCGUCGCCGCCCGGGUGGAUGCGUGGGUGGCGGCGGCACUCAACCAGGCCGUCGUCGACUCCAAUGCUCCCUCCCACCCGAAGACCGCGACGCCGACGUCGCCGCGCCCCCGUCGCCCCCUCUGUCUGCCGUCCGGCUGCCGCGUCGUCUCUCAUACAUCAACAUCCUAGCCCAUGAAUCAUUGCCCUGCAGUAGUCUUCUGGCUCCCACCAUUCGGAAGCUCCCUUCCGGUCAACCUCACCAUCAACCUCAUCAUCAUCAACCUCAUCAUCGUCAACCUCAUCAUCAUGGUGACGAGCCCGGUCCGUUGGACCAAGACGUCGCCCUCGGCAUCGCAGCCCUCCCGCUUGCCGACUUCAAAGGCGAGUUGGACAUGAUCCUCAACCGCCUCGUCGACUUGACCAUCCGCCUCCGGGAGCUCGAUGUUCCGGCCGGGGACGGCCAAGACGGCGCGGUUGAUCGCGUGGCACGCGGUAUCGUUCGGAAAGAGGCCCUGGCGGAGCGCAAGAGAUUCUUGCAGCUCAUCAAGAUGACACUGGACAUCCGCUCUGGCUGCUCAGGGGGGGUCGGGACUUGA